AUGGCGACGCUGCUGCAGCCGCCCGUGAUGCACGGUCGCGUCGUGAGUGGCGGCGGGAACAAGGACAAGCUCGCGCAGCGGCCGUGGUGGGACGGGAACAAGCCCGUCUCGCCGCGCCAGCCGUGGCAGUUGGGCGGGAACGAGGCGCGGGCGGUGGCGAACCAGGUGCUGAGCGUGCUCCGCUGCGACGGCGAGUUCCUCCAGGCCGGCAGGCCACCACCGGUGCCCCGCGACGUCUUCUGGCUCCGUUUCCUCGAGAAGAAGCAGGGGAAGCAGCAGCAAAUACGUGGAGGACUAGCACUACGGGAGGAUGAUCUUUGCAGCAGAGAAUCUAACGCAAGUGAAGAACUUCUUCAAGCUGGCGGCUGUAUGUCCGCCAAGCCAGCUGCUGGCUGA